AUGGGAUGGACGUCCGCCGCAACCUGCUCGCUCCUGGCGCUUCUCUGCGUCUCCGCCGCUUCGUCCGCUCUGAGCCUGCCGGAUCGCGGGACGCCGGAUGAAGCCCAUUGGGGAUUGAGAAUCGCCUCUUCUGCGGCUCUGAGAGACGAGCCCGUCGGCAGGUCCGCAGGUAAGAGCAGUGCUACGAGGUCUAUGGCCAGUGAUGAUCGACAAGUGACAGCUGUCAAGGACGUCUCGACUUCCCGCGGCGAUGACGGCGGCGCGCCAGUGCAGAGGUCGGAGCUACGGUUGCCGGUUACGAGUGGUGUUCAACUUGAGGAUUACGAUGAUUCGACGGAAGCUGCUGCCGCGAACGCUGAGGGCACGACGAGUAUACUCGACUUAGUCGCGUCUGUAUCAGCAAGUGGCAACAGGACGACCCCCGAAGACGAGGAGUCUGAGGAAGAGGAGGAUGAUGAGUAUGGUUCUACGGAUGAUGUGGAUGAUAGCGAUACAGUGUCUGAACCACCGGAAACGGAUCAACGUACGGUCUCGACAGUCACACCAGCGAAAGUGAUCGCUGACUCCGAAGUGGGCAAUGCGCUUCCAAAGGAAGAUGCCAACGCCGCAGCGACAGAAAUUGUGAUAGUCACCGCGAAUGUACAAGUAGAGAUGGCUCCCAAGGCUAUUCCUAAGAAGAGCGGAUUUCUAAUUACGAAACCGAAAUCGAAGAGUGGUAAUAGCACAAAGUCUUCUUCCAAUUCCACAGCCACAACGUCCCGUAGCACCGCUAAAACUACACCACGUCCCACCGUGCAAACGAAGGCGUCUACAAGUAAGGCUUCUGCUAAACCUGUUAAUCCCACUUCGCCUCCUGCUGCUGCAGUGUCAACAAAGGGGUCUACUGUAUUUGAGAAUGGAACGCGAGAGGUGGAGGAUCUUGGUCCUACGGAGGCCAGCCUGGACCCGACAACGACUGAGGUAGCGACGGAACCGACCACCACUAGGGAUUACCAACCGGAGGUGAACGAUUUCUUGAACCAGCUCACCAGCCGGUUACUGCCGGUGGCCACGCGGUUCUUGGGCGACGGAAACCUUACCUCAGACUGCGUCACCCAUCUGUGGAAACUGUACCAAGGGAUUCGUCGACAGGACGCUUGGGCGCUCAGGUUGAUUACUGCGUCGGGGAUAUUACCUGCCAACUUGUUCGAGGGUUCCCUGAGCAACCUGGGCAGCUACGAGCAGUGUCUCCGUACAAAGAUUCUGGGCCGAGAAGGCGAUGUCGACCUUCAGGGCCAGUACUGCACUCUCUACUUCAGGGCCCCAGAACUGCUCGUGAACAGGACUAUGGCGCAGUUCAACGCCAUCGGAGAGAUGAAGGGUCGUCGGAGUUUCCUGAGUUGGGAGAGGAAUCCUCGAGGCUUCGCCAAUUCAGAUAUCCGACUCGGCGUCUGCAUUCCCUCUGGAUGUUCGGAAGACGACAUGAACUUCUUGGCAAACGCAGUGCUGCGGGACUACGGCGCCAAGGCGACAGUCCAGGACUGCGGGGUCGAGACACCUUUCGCUAUCUCGGAGUUGCAGAUUGGAAUCUUGUGUGCCCUUGGAGGAUCUGUAGGGCUCGUGAUCCUGGCGACCCUGGUAGAACUCUGCCUGAUUUGCUGCUCCAAGCCAAAAGACCUAGAACCGAAACGCGAAGGUGUCCCUGUGAAGAUCGUGAAAUGCUUCUCCUUGGUUCACAACACAAAGAACCUGCUAAACAUCGAGUCUAGCAUUGACUGCCCCAAGAGGCCCGUCCGAUUCGUCUACGGGGUGAAAGUCUUCAUGGCCAUGUGGAUCAUCCUCGGUCACAGCUAUUACACAGCCAACUUCCAAACACUGCAUACUGGGUUUCAGAUUAUGGAUCUGUACAGUCAAGUUCAUGCACAGCUGCUGGGCAGCGCGUUCUACGCCAUCUCCACUUUCUUCUUCCUGAGCGGCUUUGUGUUGUCCUACUUCAUGCGCCGGACAAAGGAAGAUUCCAUCAGUAGACCCUUCCUGGGCAUCUACGUCUUCUCGGUCAUCCGACGAUACUUGAGGCUCACUGUUCCUGCGAUGGUCGUGGUUCUGUGCUUUUUUCUCUUCCCACUGUUCAUUGCUGGGCCUCAGGACAAGGACCUCAUGGGCCAGGAGCAGAAAGGUUGCUACGAAAACUGGUGGACCGUCAUGGCUCAGAUUGUCAACUUUGUUCCUACAGAGAAAAGGUGUAUGCAGCAGUACUGGUACAUCAGCAGUGACAUGCAGAUAUAUCUGGUAGCAGUACCUCUGGCACUUAUCUUCGUAAGGAGCCCGGCAUGCGGCUUCUCCCUGGCACUUUUGUUAAGUGUUUUAUGCUCCGUCGCUGCCGGACUCGUAACCUACAUGAAGGAUCUCAAGCCUGCCGUUGCCUACACAAUCGAUGACUUCAGUCGGAAUCUCGAGACGGCCGAGUUUGUGCACGAGCUGCCUUACUCGAACCUCGCCACCUAUUUUCUGGGAGUAGUCUCCGGCUACUGCGCAGCAACGUGGAACAAGACGUGCAUCAACAAGGUGCUCCAGGCAUUCCUGUGGGUACUGGCCCUCGCCUUGAACAUCUUCCUCGUGUUCGUGCCUUACGCCUGGAAUCGAUCUGACGCCGAAGAUCUGAAACAGCUGUACGCUUCGUUCUACGGAGGCAGCUACCGGUACCUGUGGGGACUCUCGUGGUGCUGGAUAGCUUACGCCUGCGCCACGGAAAGAGGAGGAAUUCUAUAUAGUUUUCUCUCCUGGAGUCCAUUCGUUGUCCUGGGCAGGCUUACGUUUGGAGUGUACCUGGCGCAAUACGUGGUCUUCCUUGCCAGGUUAGGUGUCACCACGACCCCCUUGCAAGUGAACGAAUUCUUACAGGUGAAAGACUCGCUGGGUGUGGCCGCCAUCAGCUACUUCUUCGCUUACCUGUUAUAUGUGGUUUAUGAAGCCCCCGUCAACGGCAUCGCCCGGUUGAUCUUCAGGUUCCACACCAUACGGAGGUCUUCCAAUAAGCCACAACCAAUCCCCCCAGAAUCCGACUCAUCGCUGCCACCACCGGAGCCACCAACUCCUCCUCCGACGGAGCCCAAGGCCAUCAACAAUGGCCAAGAACCGUGA